CAGGAAUCAUCAACAACAAAGGUUAAGUUGGACAAACUCUCCAAAACCAAUUGCACUACUACCACACACUCACAAUCCUAACCUCAUAAACUUUUAUAGAUAAGACUCUUUUAUCCUUCUCUACAUUAUGGGCAUUUAAUAUUUUUGUUAAAUAAAUUGGUUUGAUUUCAUUCAAGAACUUUAGUAACUGGCAUGAUCAGGAAUUCAACUAAAUCUCAUGCAGCCAACGAUACAGUGAAAUACGCAUCGUUGGGAUUAUUAUUUUUCGUUGUCCUAUGUAGGACAUGAAUAAGGUUAAGGUUGAGAACUAAGAUUGCCAAAUCAUCAACAUGGUGGAUGUUCAUCAAGAGAUAUCCGAGUUACCCGCAACAGUUGGCAAGCCUCCUACAAAUAAGGAGCUUAAUGCUGAUGCCAUGAAGAGGAUUAGCGAUUGGUUUGAUUUCGUUCUUGAUUUUCUCCCAAGAGAUCCCAAGUGAUGUUAGAGUUUGUGUAGGAGAUGUUUCUUUUCCGGUACACAAGGUACACAUUUUCUAUGUUCUUGUUAAAUUCAUAUUUUAUAUAAUUUCUCAACUUGUGAAUCAAGAUUUUAUUGUUUUAACUUCAUAAGAAGUAAACAUUUUAAUUCCUUUUAUUGGCUGAAGUUUCCCUUAGUCUCAAAAUGUGGUUAUAUAAAGAAACUACUAUCCGACACCAAAAAUGCCGAUCUUUCUGUAGUCGAAAUCCCUGAUAUCCCAGGCGGGCCAGAAGGAUUUGAACUUGCCGCAAAGUUUUGUUACGAAACACAUAUCGAAUUAUCUACAUCAAACAUUGCAAUGGCAAGAUGUGUCGCGGAGUAUCUUGAAAUGACAGAAAAAUAUUCAACUGGAAACCUGGUAUCAGUAACUGAAGCCUAUUUAAACGAUACGGGUCUUACAAACUUAUCUCGUGUAGCUUCCAUUCUGCAAUGUUCUGGAAAUCUCUUACCGAUAUCUGAUCGAGUGAAGUUAAUUGAUCGAUGUGUAGAAGUUAUUGCAUUCAUGGUCACUGAUAAAAGUCGAGUUUCUCUUGUUGACUGGUGGGCUGAAGACUUGAUUGUUCUUAGAAUUGAUAUCUUCAAAAGGGUUCUUGUUGCACUGGUUUCAAAGGGAUUUAAACAGUUUGCGCUUGCUCCGGUUCUAACGCUUUAUGCCCAAAAACGUCUUCGAGGUCUGGAAAUCUUUGGAAAAUCCAAGAGAAAUCUUGACCCGAAACAAAAACACGAGAAGCGGGUUGUAUUAGAAACGAUAGUUGGCCUUUUACCAAGAGAAAAAACCGCAAUAUCAAUAAGCUUUCUUUCAAUGCUGCUUCGCGCUGCCAAAUAUCUAGACACAACGGUUGCAUGCAGACUAGAUUUAGAGAAAAGAAUGGGCUUACAACUCGGGCAGGCGGUUUUAGAUGAUAUAUUAAUCCCUUCUCGUUGCUUUGAUGGUGAUACAAUGCUUGAUGUUGAUACAGUGCAACAAAUCAUGUUAAAUUAUUUUGAAUAUAAUUCUACGGGUUUGGAUGACGUAAACUAUGAUUUAAACUUCGUUCCGCCAUUACAAAGUGACGAUGAGAAUGUCGGGAAGCUAAUGGAGAAUUUUCUUGCUAAAAUAGCUUCCGAUCGAAAUUUGUUGGUUUCAAAAUUUAUCAGUUUUGCUGAAUGUAUUCCAGUCGAAGUUCGUGUGACAGAGGAUGGAAUGUAUAGAGCUAUUGAUACUUACCUGAAGGCUCAUCCAGCUAUAAUUGACAUGGACCGCAAGAAAGUGUGCAGCUUACUGGACUGUCAAAAGCUAUCGCGUGAGGCCCGGGCCCAUGCAGCCCAAAACGAAAGGCUUCCGGUUCAAACAAUGGUUCAAGUUCUUUACUAUGAACAGCAACGGUUAAGGGAAAUGGAGAGCAGCCCGAUCAACAGUGAAUCUCAAAACAUGGUAUUAGAUGAUAUCUCGAGAUUAAAAAAAGAGAACCAAGAGCUCAAAUUUGAGCUUAUUAAGUUGAAAACACGACUUAAAGAAAUCGAGAUGUCGAAUGCCAAUAAAACAAGUGUCAACAAUGCUACUGGAACCACUGCUGCUAAACCACCAUUGCCUGCUAAGCCACCAUUGCCUAAAAAAUCAUUUAUAGGUUUGGUGACGAAAAAGCUUGGGAAAAUUACACCAUUUCUUCAUGCCGACGGGUUUGUGGCUUCGGGUACAAGGGGUAGGAAUAAACCCAAUAAAGAUCGAAGGCAUUCGGUAUCUUGAUAUGAUGAUUUUGAUGUGUUUCAUACUGUAAGCACUCCAUUUGUAAAAACUAAUGUCAUAUUGUAAAGGUAAAACGUGUUUUAUCUAGUAUAGUACAUGAGCAUGUAUUGAACUUGAAAUUAUUGUGAUAAUGUAUCAAGAUUUAAGAAGAUGUAAGUCGUCGGGUAUAUAUCAA